AUGGCCUCCAACAGCAAAGAUAAACAGCUCCCCUCAAUUGCCCCCGGUCCCGGUCCGCUGCGUGAGAUUCGGCCUUUGACGAAAAACAAGAAGAGUUCUAGUGCGUGCCUGCCCUGCAAGCAAGCGAAGAGAAAGUGCACCGGACGACCGGCUCCAUGUAAAGCAUGCGAGGCCACUAAUGGCAAUUGCGUCUUCAAUGAACACCUUGAUUUGAGACGGAAGAUUGCUGCACAAAAAGCCCAAGGCGACUUGGAACGCUACAGGCAAUUGUUGUGGGAUCUUAUAAAGUAUCUGCGCACUGCCGACGAUGAAAGGAUUUAUCGAAUCUUGGAGAUAAUACGCGCUGGUGGCGACGACGGGAAUGUAGAGAAGAAUAUUGCCCUAAUCAUUCAAACAGCUUCCGCUGAGGGAUCCCCUAUCGAGGAUACAGCAAUGGACACCAACGAAGUCCGCAGAGACUCCAGGAUAAGCGUUGAGAAGCUCUGUGAUAGUCCCUUGUUCCAGGUACCGUGCAAACCUUGGACGAAGGUCACAAGUGACGACCACCUUAUCUCUGGCUUGAUAUCUUUAUACUUCACAUGGGAUCAUCCCCUUAUGCAGGUUGUUGACCAGGAGUUGUUCCUGCGUGAUAUGAGUGCGGGUGACACGAGUUCAGAGUUCUGCAGCCCUGUUCUGGUGAAUAGUAUUCUAGCGGUGGCUAGCACAUAUUCGCCCUACCCUGAAGUAUACGCCGUGCCUGGCGAUGUGGCUUCUCGAGGCCAGCACUUCUUUGAGGAAGCGGAGAUGCGCUGGAAAGCUGAGGAAGGUCGGCCUUCACUGGCAAGCAUUCAAGCCCUGGCAAUAAUGAGCCAUAAUCUGAAACUCCAAGGGAAAGACGAUGCUAGCUGGCUUUAUAUCAGACAAGCCGUGCAGCUUGGGCAGGAUAUUGGCUUAUUCAACAUACCCAAGUCAGGGCACGGCAAUUGGGAUCAAUUGCCUGAUCGUGUCCGGCAUUCUAGUGCACGGACUGCUUGGAGUCUCUUCAUCCUGAAUUCGCAGUUUUGCAUGGAUUCUCGAAAGUCGGGAAAUCUAGCAGUUCCCAGACUAUCAUUUGACCGAAUAUCUCUCACCGAAAAGGACACGGUUUGGAUACCGUACCACUCUCGCUCGAGCGACACAGAACUCGUUAGGAAGCCAGCCCUUCUUCGUGAGGUGAUGGCCGGACUGGUCGACCUCGCGGAAACGAUCAUUGACAUGCAGGAUCUUUUCUUUGACAAAGCACUUGACCUUAACCUGAGCAUCAAGGAGUUGUUGAAAGAGGCAGAGAGGUUGCAUUCACGUCUCCAAGCUUUCCUGGACGGCAUGACAGUCAUCGAGACGCCACCUGUUCCGCAAAUCCUUUUUCUGCAUGUCAAAGGCAAUCAAAUCAUUAUUACGCUGUUCGAGUUCCUGCUAGAGCAGCAAGACUUCGAGAGAUCAAUAGGACCAUUGAAAAUCGAACAAGUGAAAUCGGCCCGGUUUCAUGCUGCAAUGCAGAUCGCUCAUUAUCUUCAGAUAUAUCGUGAGCAUUAUGAUUUACAGCAGACUCCAAAUUUGAUGUUUGGGCCCGCGAAGAGCAGUGCCCUAGCACUCCUCCCAUUCCUGAAUGACGAAUCGGCUUAUAAUGCUUUCAAUCAGCUUUAUGAUUUCCUUGAAUCUUUCAGUCGGAGGUUUUCGGCGGCUAAGCAAACGAAAUGUGAGAUCGACGCCUUCUUUCGUGACUCGAACCUUGCAUCGCCCUUAGAGAUGUCGGGACAGCUGACCGUCGGGGCUCGGAAUACUCGUAAGGGCUUUCAGGAACGUGUUUCAGUUGCUCGCAAAUGA